UGGAAAUUUAGCUGUUCUCAGACGUUCGAAAUGGUGCAAGAUAUGUCCUAUGGAAAGCUAAAGCUGCUCUUUAUAAAUAUCGUUUCUGUAUUGUAUAAAGCAACCUCUUUGAAUGUCCAUCGAUUACAUCUGGAUUUGCGUGAAGUCAAAUUGUUGGUCAAUGCGGCCAAACAAGAGAUCUGGAUCCAAGAGAUUUUUAUAUUCCUCAUAUCCGGCUUGAUUCUACUGCGCUUUCUCAUGUGCUUUGUUGGACUAGCAUCAAAUAUCAUUGCAAUUUAUCCAAUCCUGACAAAUUCCCAGCCUGAACUGCUGAUGCCUACCAUCAUUUUGCAGAUCCUGGACAGCGUGGCAUUAAACAUCUACGAAAUAAUUCUGGGCUAUGCCUGUAUAAAGUAUUUAUACCCACAAUCCAUCUCGGUUUUUGUGGUAUUCUUCGCAAAAAUGAUUAUUAAAACAAUCUGCUACAUAACGGUGCUCAAUCUUUUUUCAGAAAAGCAGCACGAAAUUAUGUCACACAUGACCUACACCGAGAACGGAGCCAAUCUUGAGCGCGAAAGCAGCGAAGAAUUCGAAAUAGCCCAUGUACAAUUUCGGCCAAUCGAUUCGUAAUAAAGAGUAGGUAUAAAUUUGAUAGUGAAAAGGAA